AUGGGGCUCUGGGUGCUGCUGCCCAGCUGGGUUUCUGCUACGUUUCUACUGGCACUGACCGCCCUGCCCGCAGCCCUGGCCGCCAACAGCAGUGGCCGAUGGUGGGGCAUCGUGAACAUAGCCUCCUCGACAAACCUGCUAACGGAUUCCAAGAGUCUGCAGCUGGUCCUAGAGCCCAGUCUGCAACUACUGAGCCGCAAGCAGCGGCGACUGAUCCGCCAGAAUCCGGGGAUCCUGCACAGCGUGAGUGGAGGACUGCAGAGCGCAGUGCGAGAGUGCAAGUGGCAAUUCCGGAACCGCCGCUGGAACUGCCCUACCGCUCCGGGGCCCCACCUCUUCGGCAAGAUCGUCAACCGAGGCUGCCGGGAAACAGCAUUUAUCUUCGCAAUUACCUCCGCCGGGGUCACACAUUCGGUGGCGCGCUCCUGCUCCGAAGGCUCCAUUGAGUCUUGCACCUGUGAUUACCGGCGGCGCGGCCCUGGGGGCCCCGACUGGCACUGGGGGGGCUGCAGCGACAAUAUCGACUUCGGCCGCCUCUUUGGCCGAGAAUUCGUGGACUCUGGGGAGAAGGGGCGGGAUCUGCGCUUCCUCAUGAACCUUCACAACAACGAGGCAGGGCGCACGACCGUGUUCUCUGAGAUGCGACAGGAGUGCAAAUGCCACGGGAUGUCCGGUUCAUGCACGGUGCGCACGUGUUGGAUGCGGCUGCCCACACUGCGCGCUGUGGGCGACGUGCUGCGCGACCGCUUCGACGGCGCCUCCCGCGUCCUUUACGGCAACCGGGGUAACAACCGCGCUUCGCGGGCUGAGCUGCUGCGCCUGGAGCCAGAAGACCCCGCGCACAAGCCGCCCUCUCCUCACGACCUUGUCUACUUCGAGAAAUCGCCCAACUUCUGCACAUACAGCGGGCGCCUGGGCACAGUCGGCACAGCCGGGCGUGCUUGCAAUAGCUCGUCUCCGGCGCUGGACGGCUGCGAGCUGCUGUGCUGUGGCCGGGGCCACCGCACGCGCACGCAGCGCGUCACCGAGCGUUGCAACUGCACCUUUCAUUGGUGCUGCCACGUCAGCUGCCGCAACUGUACGCACACGCGCGUACUGCACGAGUGUCUAUGA